UAAUAACCAUUUUCACCAGUAAGCUGCGGAACCACAUCCUAAAAUCAGCGAAGAAUUCUUCCAAAAAAAAAUCAGCGAAGAAAUCACUCCAUUCAGGUCAGCUAAGCAAUUACUUAUGGAAGUCUCAUUUGUUCAAAGUAUCUUUUCAGUUUUCUAAAAAACUGAAUCUUCUUUGACGUGAGUAUUUAUUUUCCUGCUCACUCUAUCUGCAGUCUUUUAUUCAUUCACAAUAUUUGAUAAUCUGCAUACCUCAAAUACGAAUAGUGAAAAAGUUGAAAACUUUUAUCUCAUUUAAGCUGGUUAACGCGUAGCUAAAAUUAUCUGGAACAAAUAGAGAAAUUGGCAUUCGAAAGAGAUGAAAGUUUCGGAUGAUGAUAUUGUUUUGUAUGUUCUAGUUGGCAGCAAUACAGAGUGACACUGACCUGCUUUAUCCAGUACACAGUUUCAGAUGGAGCCAUAUAGAUUGAAUUCUCCACACACAUCUGUAAUCAUGUUUGAGGCUCUAGGAUACCAACUUCAGUUUUCUCAGGAUCCUAAUUCCAAGCACUUGGGGACAACAGUUUGGGACGCAUCAAUGGUAUUGGUCAAAUUUUUGGAGAAAAAUUGUCGGAAAGGACGGUUUUGUCCAGCCAAAUUGAAGGGAAAGCGUGUGAUUGAGCUUGGAGCUGGCUGUGGAGUAGCUGGAUUUGGCAUGGCAUUACUUGGAUGUGAUGUUGUUUCGACAGACCAAAUAGAGGUGUUGCCAUUAUUGAUGAGAAAUUCUGAGCGUAAUACUUCUAGAGUAAUGCAGACGAUAUCUGAUCCAGAUUCAUUUGGUUCCAUAAAGGUUGCGGAGUUGAAUUGGGGUGAUGAAAAUCACAUAAAAGCUGUUGAACCACCAUUUGACUACAUCAUUGGAACAGAUGUUGUUUAUACAGAACAUCUCUUGGAACCACUUUUGCAGACAAUUCUUGCACUGUCGGGACCCAAAACAACAAUUUUGUUAGGAUAUGAAAUUCGUUCAACUAAUGUCCAUGAAAAGAUGCUUGAAAUAUGGAAGAGAAACUUUGAGGUGAAGACAGUUCCAAAAGCAAAGAUGGAUAGUGACUACCAGCAUCCAAGUAUCCAACUGUUCAUAAUGAGCUUAAAACCAUCUGGAGGGAUCUCAGAAUGUACUUCACAAGAUGAUUUGUCUGCUCAAAAGAUGAAGUUGGCUGGAUACAAAGAACUCCAACAUGAAUCAGAUGAAGAAGAAGAUGAUAAUAAUAGUUUCAAGGUGGAUGAUUUGCAAGGCAAUGAAAGCGUAGGGGAUGAAAAGCUAAUCGCUGAUCUGGAAAAUAGAAAGCUCAGUGAAUGGGAAACACGCAGAUAUGGUGCUGUAGCUGCUCGGCUUCUACGUGAUAUCAAGAUCACAUAAAUUAGUGGAGCUAUCUUAUCAUCAGAAGCAUUGGGGAGCCUUUUUUUCUUCUCCCAAUUUUCAGUAGCCAACAGUGUCUGUUCUGAACUUAAUUGUUGCAAUUUGCAAACUAAAGUUAUGUACCUUCCAUCUUGGAGCUGUACCAUGAUACUUUGGUUAAGACAAUUUUAAGACCUAAAUUCCAUUUUAAAAGAUCAAAAUUAAUAGGGACCAUCUUGUAUUUGGCCGUGGGGGCAAUUUUUUCUCAAGGAC